AUGGUUGCCCCUGGACGUGGAGGCGGAGUGGGGGUCCCAGCGCUGGAGGGCCUGGCUCUGUCCUCACGCAGCUGCGACAUCACAACACACAGCAACAGAGACUUUCCGGAGCUGCAGAGGAGGCUGGAGCAGGGCCCUCGCCACCCUCUGAGCUGGAGCUGGGGACCUCUUCCUCUUCCUGCCGCCCCGGACGCUCCUGUGACCGCCCCUGCCCUGGACGCUCCUGUGACCGCCCCUGCCCUGGACGCUCCUGUGACCGCCCCGGACGCUCCUGUGACCGCCCCCGGACGCUCCUGUGACCGCCCCUGCCCUGGACGCUCCUGUGACCGCCCCUGCCCUGGACGCUCCUGUGACCGCCCCGGACGCUCCUGUGACCGCCCCUGCCCUGGACGCUCCUGUGACCGCCCCUGCCCUGGACGCUCCUGUGACCGCCCCCGGACGCUCCUGUGA